AAACUUUUUUCAGAAAUUUUCGAAGUUUUUCACCAUGUGCGAUCGUCUUAUUUUGUCGGAUUGAAUUUUCUGUAGAUGUUAGAAUGAUAUAAACCAUAGUGAAUUUCUCAUCCUUGGAUUAAUUUUGUUGCGAAAAAAUGAAAAAGACGAAAAAAAUCGCACCUAAACCGUCAGCUGCCUCCGAUGACGAUUUAGAUGAUAGCUUAGGAGACUACCAAGAUAUCAAUAGCGACGGAGAUGAUUCCGACGAAUUACUUGAACAACUGAAUCAUGAAAGUGAAGAAUCCUCAGAGGAGGAAGUGCUCCCUAUUUACUCUGGCAGCGAUUCAGAAGACGAAAACGAAAACGAGGAGCAAUCUGACGACGAGAAUGAAGGAAUAUCUGAGAGUGAUAUUGAAAAUCCAGAUGAUGAUUUACCUAGCACUAAAGCAUGGGGAAAACACGCUAAAUCGUUUUAUAAUACCAAUCGUAUCGAUUCGAAGAAAAAAUAUGAUAAUGACGAAGAGGAAGAACUUGCAAAAAUGGAAGAAAUGGAGGCUCUCAAUAUUCAACAAAGAUUAUUGGGUGAAUUGGAGGGUGUGGAUUUAUCCUUAGAUCUCAUGUCCAGUGCUGUGGCUGCCAAACAAGCUAAAGAAGAUGAAUUUCAGGAGAAAGAUAAGGUUGUUGUUGAUUUGAGUCAAAUGAGCGAUUCUGAGAAAAGAAAUUUACUCAAAAAAGAUAGUCCAGAAAUUUUGAUUUAUAUCGACGACUAUAAAAGACUGAUGACCUACGUAAAUGAUGAUUUGUUACCAAUAUUGCCCAAAUUAAAGAAGAAAAAUGUCAAAGACUCAAGUGCCGUGGAAUUCAUUACAAUAUUUCAUCAAUUAAUUAUGAAUUACUGUACCAAUAUCGCCUUCUACUUCUUAUUGAAAACGCGAAAAACUGACACCACUUCACACCCAAUAUCUACUUGGCUUUCAAAGUACAAAGAAAUAUUGAACGAUUCUGAGUCAAUCUAUUUGAAAACUAUUAAGCCACAAUUAAAGGCUAUUCUGAGCGAAGCUCCCAAAACAGCUGCAAAAUCUCAAAAGAGGAAACUUAACGACGAGAAAUUUGUUGGAAUACUAAAGAAAAGUAAAAUUUCCGAUGAAAAGAAAACCAACGGUGCUGUUACUAAUGGAUCAGUUCCUGAAAAGUUACCGCAGUUGUAUGAUGAGCAGUCUGAAAGCGAAGAAGAAGAGAAAGAGAGUAAACGACCUAUCACAUAUGCAAUAGCGAAAAAUAAAGGAUUAACUCCUCAUCGUAAGAAGGAGUUGAGAAAUCCCAGAGUGAAACACAGAAUGAAGUAUAGGAAAGCUAAAAUACGAAGGAAGGGCCAGGUAAGAGAAGUGCGUAACGAAAUGCAGAAGUAUGCCGGAGAGAUAUCUGGUAUCAAAGCCAAUGUGGUCAAGAGUGUGAAAUUUAGAACAUAAAUUGUAAAUAAUUUUUUUAUUAAAAAUACAUGAAUUUUGUAAAAGAA